GUGUUGUUAUAUAUGGGGAAUAUUGUAUUUUUAUGAUGCAGAUAAAACAACAUUGACUUCUGCGUUCAAAGUUUUAGAAGCGCCAUAUCCCGUGGAAGGACAGAUAUCUAUAACAUUUUCGUAUCCCUAUAUAAUACACACCCGGACGUGCCUAACGACAUAGUCGGCAGUCGUCAGCUUAAAAUAUUCCGUAAACGUGGCUAAUUGUUAUGCUAUGGAUACCAGCAAUAUUUACAACUCAAUUAAUGGCGGAGAACCCUCAGGAGAACAGUCACAUAUUUCCAUGCAAGGGUAUCGUGAUGGUAAUGCCUUGAAUUCUUUAUGCCCAACGAGGAUGCAUAGAAACUUUAAAUUAUUAGCGGAUCCGCAAUUGCUGAAAUGUGGCUCUAAGCUUUACCGUUACGACGGUGUUGUCCCCGGAGACCCCACAUACCCGACAAUUACACCUCGUGAUCCACGAAAUCCUCUAAUUCGAAUUCGAGCCAAACCUGUCGAACCAUUAAUGUUGGUUGUACCCCGGUUUGUGAUCGAUUCUCAUUACGUUGGUCAGCCACCUGCUAUUGAAGUGACGGUAGUCAAUCUUAACGACAACAUCGACAAGCAGUUCCUUUCCGGCCUAUUAGAUAAGUGUGGGCCCACUGAUGAAAUAAAUAUAUAUCAUCACCCUACGACAAAUAAACAUUUAGGCAUCGCACGUAUAGUCUUUGAAAGCACUAAAGGAGCACGUCAGUUUGUCGAUAAAUAUAACCAGAAAUCAGUAAUGGGAAAGAUUUUAAACGUAUUCUGCGAUCCGUUUGGUGCCAUUUUGAAGAAGACUAUUGAUAAUUUAACAAAUCCGGUUGUAGCCAGGCCGUUAAUAAGCACCACACCGCAUUCGACAACAACUCUGGUUCCGGCAAACGAACAUUUUCAUGAUUACACCGAAAAAGAAGGUCCACAUCUAUUAUCUGGAAGUGGUUACAACUCAUUUCACAAGAGUGCAGUGUUUGGAGAAAUAGAUAAUGAUCGUCACAGAGAACGUGAACGGGAUAGAUUUAUAAAAGACCGUGUACGGCAUUCCGUUGAAAGAGGCUACGAUCGAGAACGUGGGACACGUAAUAAAUAUUCCAGCUCACGUCAUAGUCGACAUUACUAUUCUCGAGGAUCUCGUGAAAAAAGUUCGGACUCAAGCAGGGAUCGGUUAUACAAUUCUAGAGAACGAGAAAGAGAUACAAGGUCAUACGACUACUCUCGUUCUAAAGGACGAGAUAAAUUUCGAGAGCGUAAUAGAUCAAGAGAUCAUUCUCGUGAUCGGGUAAGGGAGAGAAGGGAUCAUCGACCAAGUACGUCAAAAGAACGAGAUUAUAGAGAACGAGAUCGUGAUCGAUCCAUUGAUGUUGGAAGUGAUCGCAAGGAACGCGUGAGUUCUAAACACGAUAAACGUUAUUCAAGUCAUGAGUGCCAUGAAGAUGAAAAUGGAACCUCUUCAGUGUUCAAAAACCAACAAUAUUAUUCUGGCAUUCCGGUAUCUAACCUUAUAUCAUCCGAUAAUUAUGGAUAUGAUCAUUAUGGUUAUACUGUUAGUGAAAAUAUUCAAUCUUGGUCUAGUUCCCACAGAAGGUGGCCCGUCUCGCAACCAGAUUCACAGCUUAUACCCCCACCACCUCCACCCCAGGAAGAAGAAGAAAACUGGGAUGAUCCCCAGCCACCAGCUCUAACGUUACAUACAAAAGAUAUAUCGCCUUCAUCCGAGUCAGUUGGUAUAAAUCUACUAUCACCAAGGCGACCAAAGUCAAAUAAAUACAAUAAUAAUCUCAAUAAUACUGACGCGGAAAUCAGCACAGAGAAUGUUGAUUUAGAUACACGUAUUGCCCUGAUAUUUAAGGGAAAGACGUUUGGCAAUGCUCCACCAUUUUUGCAAAUGGAUAGUAGUGAUUCUGAAACAGACAAAGCGAAGGUCGAUGAAAUCAAUGAAACUGUUGACCAGCAUUGCGAUUCAAAUAGCAUACAAAACAAAAAAGAGAAAAAUGUUUCGGCCUUACAGCAGCACGGUGCUAGCGAUAUAUCAAGUGACGACGAUAUUUUAAUUAAAAAAGAAAUAGUCAAGCACCCAACUGAAAAGCUGGAAACGAAUAAUAACAAUGAUGAUAACAUGUCUUUGUCAAGUUUAUCGUCACAUGAAGAAACUACAAAGGAAUCUACGAAUUCUUCAAGUCAAUUAACAACGAAAAUUAUGUUUACAGGAUAUACGGAGCCUAAUGCUUCACAUCAGGGUAAUUAUUACUAUCAUCAUUCAGCCUAUGGAUAUGGACACUAUCCUUCGGCAAUAGGAGCAAAUUCUGGAUUUACAGGGAAGUAUUUUUCUAACCCUGCAUAUAUGCAAUCCUCAUACCUGCCUGGAGUGGUUUCUGCUGACGCUUUUAAUUUAGACCCGUAUAUCCAGUCAUAUGGCUAUCAACAUACGCAACCGGAUCAAAAUGACGAAAUGAAACAAAAUGUUAAAAAGGUGAUGAAUUUUAUAGUCGAGGAACUGAAGCAAAUCCUUAAACGAGAUGUUAAUAAGCGUAUGAUUGAAAUGACAGCUUUUAAAAAUUUUGAGGUUUGGUGGGACGAACAAACCGCAAAAGCACGUUCAAAACAUUUGUCUUCCGUGGUCGAUACCGCUACAACUAGUAAUAACUUAGUAGAAAAACAAAUAACGCAGGAGAAGCCUCCCGACAUUAAUAAUUUAAUCAACACGCAAAGAGAAAUGCCAGAUUUUCAAUCAUUCACCAGUAUAGGUAUAAGGGCUGCAAUGCCUAAAUUGCCAUCAUUUCGGCGUGUUCCCAAACACCCAAGCCCUGUUCCCGAUAAGUUGGAACGGGAUCUCAGUGAUCAAGAAGAAAUGGUGCAGCGGUCUGAUUCAGACAAAGAUGAUUCAAAUAUGGGCAGUUCCGAUGCUCAAAAUCUUAAUUUAAAAAGACGCACACUGCAAAGGGAUAGUGGGAAAUUGAGAAUAACGUCAAGCAAUAUACGAUUAAAAAGAAAAGGAAGUGCAUCAAGUUUCUUUUCGUCAUCCACAUCGUCGUCCUCUAAUAGCGACGGUGAAAAUGAUGCUGAAGAUAUCGCCAAUAGAGCUGAAAACGAAAGGAGCAGCGACGACGAAAGCUUUGAUGAAGACAUCCCAUCAAGCAAUUCAAAUGAAAGGGACAAAUUCCCUAAGAGGCGUAGGCAUAAUUUUAAAGCUUCAGAUGGCAAAAUACUAAACGUAUAUUCAGACUCUGAGGAAGAAAAUCAGUCAAUAAAUCGAAUAUCAGCAACCAAGCGGGGUCGCACGAAAAAAAUGGACAUAUAUUCUGAUACUGAUGAAGACGAUGACCAAAAUACAGGGACAAAACGAUUUACAAAUUCAAAGCCUAAUCUCAUAUCAUCUAUACCGUCUGACCUUGAAGACAUAAGCAAAGAUAGUUGUUUUGGUAUGGAAGAUGUUGGCAUUGCUGCUAAAUUUGUAUCCGAAUUAAAGACUGAUGAACAAAUAGAAUCUGAAUCCCGCCGAUCACCAACACCUGUUCCGCCACCGGAUUACAACGAGGAAACUAUUUCGAAAUCCGAUGGGGUAACUCCAGCAAAAUCGCAUUUUGAAUAUGAUCGUAUUUAUAGUGAUUCUGAUGAAGAGCGCGAGUAUCAGGAGAAGAGACGUCGAAAUACUGAAUAUAUGGCUCAAAUCGAGCGCGAAUUUUUAGAAGAACAGCAGAAAAAUUCACAUCAACCAGACAAUACAUCAAACAUGGAUCUCAAGUUAGAGAUUAAUCAAAUAUCAACUUAUGAAAUGCCAGAAACACCCGAUAUUUCAAAAAUUCCUCCCACACCAGGUGCAAAAUUAUUAGUGCAAGAAUUAACACUGUUCAAGAAAGAUAUCCCAGAUACUAAUGCUGAAUCCAAACCCUAUUUGAUCACAGUAAAUACUGAAGCUGUUCCAAAAACUACUAGUAUUCAGACGAAUGAGAAUGAAGGGAUAAUUGUUUUAAAAACUGAAAGCAAUUUAAAAACGGAAGCUUAUGACACAGCUCAAUCUAGCAGUCAACCAAAUGAAAAUACCCGAAUAUAUAACGGAAAGCAAUCACCUGUUUCUUCAGACAGUGGAUCAAGUCAAGCAUCUCAAGCUAGUCAAGUGGCCUUAGAACAUUGUUAUUCUUUGCCACCACAAGCACAAGGUGCCUUUUCUACCGGUGUUUCAACAAGCCAAUUUGAAUGCAAAAAUAAGAAAGAUGCCGAUAACAUGCAUAUUGUAAGGCCUGGUCCUGGAAGGCCGCGCAAAGAUUCUGUGCGUGCCCAAAAGAAAAAAAAAGAUUUUUCAGGACGACAGGCAAAUAAGAAAAAUAAAAUAGAAUCAAUGAAAGACACGCUUUCCGAACUGGUCCGACAAACUGCAAACUUUGUUCCGUGUGAAAUGUUUAAAACCCGUGAUCAAAACGAAGAAAUGGUAAUUUUAUACACAUUCCUAACAAAAGGCAUCGAUUUGGAGGACAUUAAGUACAUCAAGACGAGCUAUACUGAGCAUUUGCAAAAGGAACCAUAUGCUAUGUUUUUGAACAAUACUCACUGGGUUAAUCACUGCACCACGGACAGGGCAUUUUGGCCGCCUCCUCCCAAGAAACGGCGAAAAGACGAAGAACUAAUGCGUCACAAAACCGGUUCCGCGCGUACUGAGGGCUUCUACAAGUUAGAUGUACGGGAAAAAGCCAAACACAAAUACCACCAUGCUAAAGCAAACAUACAUGACACUCAAGACGAAGAUCGGUGCGACGAGCCAACGGUGCUGACGAACCAUCACCACAAUAAGUUAAUAUCCAAAAUGCAGGGCAUUUCUCGUGAAGCACGUUCGAAUCAACGACGUCUAUUAACUGCCUUCGGUUCAAUGGGAGAGUCUGAGCUCUUAAAAUUCAAUCAACUGAAAUUUCGAAAAAAACAGCUUAAAUUUGCAAAGUCGGCAAUCCAUGAUUGGGGAUUAUUUGCCAUGGAACCUAUAGCGGCUGAUGAAAUGGUUAUUGAAUACGUUGGACAAAUGAUUCGACCAGUUGUUGCCGAUUUAAGAGAAACCAAAUAUGAAGCAAUUGGCAUUGGCAGCUCAUAUUUAUUCCGAAUUGAUAUGGAAACUAUUAUCGAUGCAACAAAAUGUGGUAAUUUGGCAAGAUUUAUAAAUCACAGCUGUAAUCCAAACUGUUAUGCCAAAGUCAUUACCAUAGAGUCAGAAAAAAAAAUUGUUAUUUAUUCAAAGCAACCCAUUGGAAUUAAUGAAGAAAUAACUUAUGACUACAAAUUUCCAUUAGAGGAAGAAAAAAUCCCUUGCCUUUGUGGAGCACAAGGCUGUAGGGGUACGCUUAACUAAAGCAGAGAAACGUUGGCUUUACUGAAGAUAAAUGUUAAUUAUUGCUUUCAGUUUAAGAAACUAUUACUGAGUUUAGAAGUACACAAUAUUAUUUUAUAAAUUCUGUUACAUUUAAAUAGAACAUUUUUUGUAUCUUAAGUAAUUUAAAAGUAAAAAUGCAACCGAAAGAUUUUAUUUUGUAAGAUUAUCGUUCGUAAUGUUUUUGGUUAAUAAAGGCUAUAUUUUACAAUAAGUAUUUUUCAAAAAAAAAAAUCGAAUGCCUGUUUUUAUAUAUUGCACUUUGAAAAUAUCUUAUCAAGGAUAUGCAAAAACAUUUUUCCGUGCCGAUUUCGCAAUUCAAGAUGUCAUUUUGAUCAAGUUUUAACAAUUAGAAUUCAGAAAUUACAAAAUAUUUAUUUUUAUAUUUAUCGUGGUUUGUAUAUAAAUAUAAGUCUACUAAUUAAUACAUAAAGUGUAAAGUAUUAGAAUGUGAAUAAUCAAAUGUGUAUAAAGUUAAAUAGCACAAUAGCAUGUAAAGUCUUUUCUUGUAUGCAUUAAAAAUGUUCAUGAAAAUUGGGAUCUGAAUUCAAAUUUCGUAAAACCUGUUCUCAUUAAAAUAGGUAUUAAGGACGGAAAGACAUCAAGUUUAUCGAAAAAAUAAUUAGUAAGCAUUUUUCUAUGGUAGUCAUUGAUCAGAUCUGGAUAUUUCGUUUUAUUAUGUGAUUUAAAAUGCAGCCACAAUUUUAUAAUAUGAGUUGAAUAAAAUGCAUGCAAUGGACAGUCAAUAUUAUGACAUCUACUUGGUUAAGUGGGAUGAAAAUAUUGACUAAAAUUUUUGAUUAAAGUUCGUCAAUAUCAGAACUCUGAAAACUUGCCGUUUCGCGAAUUUACUACCUUCGCAAUGAAGUUAUUAUAUCUGCCAUGGUCCAAUCUUGAAGUGGAGAGAUUGUUCAGCCAAGUGAAUAUUGAAUUGUUUUUAAUAAAACGAUUUCAUUAAACUUAAUAUAACAUUUAUGCUGUUAUAAAAUGUUUUGAAUUUUUUAAAUUUUAUUUUUUUAAGCCCUUUUACUAUUACUG